GGUGGUGCCUUUUUUGCUGCUGCAUGGGCUUCGGGGUGGCAAAAAGCCGUGCACCUCUGGGCGUCACAUUCAACUGCUGCUGCGCCAACACAAGCUGGCAGACGACUUCCCGGUCAGACGCAGACGGCAAUUGCUGCGGCACAUUCACCGAGCUUUGUUGCUUCGAGUGCCUCUGCCGCGCGCCUCCGCGCGCCGGGGACCCCCGCUGCAUUUGGUGUGGCUUCGACUUCUGCGGUUUGGUGGGCUCCGUCGCCCGCGAGGGCCGGCCCACGAAGCCGCACGAUCUCUCCCGCCUCAGCGACAUUGAUGCUGAAGUGGCCUUGCCUUUCAUCCCUUGCUGGUGCUGCUGUGCCGGGCUGCGGCUGAUGCCGCCCAGCAACUGCGUCGACAACUACAUGAGAUGCCUUUGGUGUGAGUACUCCUUCAGCACCGGCAUGCCUGACACGGAGGCAGGCCUUUGCCUCCACUUGGUCAACUGCUGGUGCUGCUACUCCCUUUGCAAGUUUCCGCCCACCUCGCGGCACAACCCAUUGUGCGCCUGCUGCGGCCGCGUUUGCAUCGAUCGUGACCAUGCGAAGACCUGAGGUUUUAGCUGUACAGAGCGGCCCCAAAGCGGGUACAGUGGCCGGUGCCCAUGGCAAUGAUGAAACGCGCCGCUUUUUUUUAGCCCGGCCCACUGGUUCUCUAUUUGUGUGCUGGUGCUGCAGCCUGGCAAGCCUGUGAUACUUGGAAUGGGAGAGCUGGCACGGAAUUUGUGAUUCUGGUGAUUGACAUGCGCAAUGAG